GCGCUGCGCCGAGCGCGGCCGAAGCCGCCCGAGCGCGCGCUGCGAGCCCGAACGUCGCAACCGCCGCGCGCCCGUUCCCGUCGCUCAGUCAGCCAUCGGCCUCUUUGCUGAGAGCUUGUCUGUGUCGCUGUGACUUUGACAGUUGUUAUCGUGAUCGUGUGAUGUUUUCGUAUCGGAACUAUGGUGUAUCCCCAUGAAAAUGUGGAGUGAUUUCCAGGGCUCGGGCGGCGGGUGCGGCGCCAAGCGGCGCGCCGGCUCUCCGUGUGAGGGAGGCGGUAAAGUAGCCCGGUGGGAGGAUUCGAUAGCGCGGCUAGAAGCCGUGGCCGCCGGCGCUGGCGGCGGAGAGUGCUGGAGAAGCGAGGAGGACGAGCGGCGCGCGUGCCGCCGGCGCUGGUGCGGCGGCUGGUGCGGCGCGCACGACACCAUCCGGGCCGAGAACGGCAAGUCCUACCUGGAGCUGGGCGGCGCCGCGGCUCGCGCCUGUUGCGAUGGCCGCGCUGCCGGUCGCUGCGCAUCUCGCCGCUGCUAUCGCGAGAGGCGAUUCAAAAUGAUGAACUUAUGUGCAUUGAAGUUAGCGCGAUUCCGACAAACAGCGGACCCUUCUUUACGGCGGUCGGUGCUAGUGUGCAAUACGUUACGUGGCAUCGAACGAGAAAUGGAAAGAGAGAGUGCGGAGGAAGCACCUUUCGAGCCUGCGUGCGUAACGGGCGGCGUGGCUCGCUGCGAGCUGCUGAGUGCGCGAGAUCCGGCAGCCGGCCGCGCGACGCCGUUCCCCACGCCGCCGCCGCCCGACCGAGACUCGGGCUACGGCGACGAGGAACAACGCACCAUCGACUGGGGCUCCGUGCUGAGCCUGUCCUCCCGGUCGGCGCUAGACCCCCCCGAGGACGCGUGGCCCGACGACUGGGGCUGGAGCGAGGACAGCUUCGUGCGGCUGCUGGUGCCGACGAGUUAGUGCACGGCGCGCGGGCAGGAGUCGCCCGCGCCGCUGUGAGCACCUGUGAUAGGGACGCGCGCGCCGCGCCGGCGCCCGCGAGCUGAGGCGGGCCGCGCGGCUGCGCACCGCACAGCGCGGCCGCGCACACAUCUAGUCGGGGGCGCCGCGCCGCCCGGCGCCCGGCUCUUCAUCGCGACGACGCGCCACCACGCGUACACGCAGUCAGUAGUUAGUAUUAUUAUAAUUGCUAAAGGGAAGGUGCUAGCUUCGGACGUGACGCAGGACUUUAUGCGAGCCGAGUUAUUUUUGAUAGUUUUUUCUUUAAGUGAAUUCCAAACAGAAACUGAAGUGACUUAGCUAAUGACGUUAUCAUCGUUUAAAUUAAAACUCAGGUGUUUGAAAAUUUUGUUGAAAUUAUUGUGUAAUUAAUUAGGUAAAAUACUAUAUUUAUUAUUUCGUUGAAGAAAAAGUGAUAGUUUGAAAUUAUUUCUGUCUUGAUAUUUUCAAUAUAAAGUAUCUGAACAACGAGAUGAUUUAUGAUUGGGUUAUAAUUUAUCGCCUGCAAUCCGCUUCGUGGUCAAGUGCUCCUUCAAUGUUGACGUUUUACUAAAUGUUUUACAAUGAUUACCUCUUUUAAGUUUAUAAGACAAGUAGUAUAUUGACCACAGUAAUAGUAAUUAUGUUGAGAAAACCGCAAGAAGGAGCACUCGGCGAGCGGCUCAGGCAGCAAGCCAGUGUGUGGACAUGUGCUCGGUGGGAAGCACUCCAAUCGCUACGCUAGCUAGUUUCCUCCUAAAGUCAAGAUCGUGCGAUCAUGAACAAUCUUGAACAAAUGUAAUGUCUAGUACUUAACUGAGAGCUUUCAUAGUGUCACAUCCACCUCUCUGAGGCGCAUUGUAACUGGUUGUCAAUUAAGUAGCCUUACCAGCUGUGACUGUGGAAGUUUCAUAGUAUCGUCAGGAUCAUGCAUUUAUUAUUAGAACUUGUGACAGCGCUCUGUGACUGUACUCGUACUUAUUACUAACAUUGAAAACGUGUUACUUAAAUUUUGCCUUUGACUUCCAAUGCCUUCCAAGGAUAAUUUACUCAUAGUUAUUUAUAUAAUAAAUUUUAUUUAGACACGAACUAAUAGUGACGUCUCAUCGACUAAUUUAUUUUUGACUAACAAUGAAUUGCAGUUCCUAAUACAAAACUAAACUUACCGAAUGAUAAUUUAUUAGAAACAUCGUUUAAUAUUAUUUUAGACGAAAAGAUUCUUGGGUGGCAUUUGAGGCGCAAACAUGAUCUAUUUUUUUGUAACUAAAAUGCAAUUGAGAUUUGAGACAUCGAAUAAUUCAGAUUAAAAUAUGUUUACAAUAGACAAACAACCCGUGGUUUCUAAAGGGAGAGAUCUAGUCAAGGAUUGGAUUGACUGCUUCUUCGAAAUGUGGAGGUCACUUUUCAUGGCGCAGUGAUGAUAAGUUCUCUCGUUAAAACAUCGGGUUGUGAGCACCGCGCGUAGAAUGAAUCUGGCACCAUUGGAUCUGUGCUCGCUCGGUCGGGAUUUGAUGAUUUUAGAUGUAGUCCGCUACUAUAGUUUUAACGACUGACUGUAAUUGAUUUGGCUGAAUUGUAUGUUUGCGAUCUAAAUAGUCCACGUGAGCACUCUUCUAAUGGCGCCGAUUGGCGCUGACAGAACGCGCGACCACGGAAUUGGGACUGCAUGGACCAAACAUACCUAGCACGACUAUUAAUACAGCAAAGUACAAAUUUCAAUAAAGUAGGAUGCAAUAGUGCUCCGGCGCAUGUUUGUCCACCGUUGUCAAUUACUCAAAUAUUUGAAUUGUGAUUCGAUAGCUAAUGAGAGAAAACUCUAUGUUCUUAAAUUUAGUGUACAUAUUAUAUACGGAGAUGGGCAUUAUGGCGCGCGUCUCGCGGCCUUUGUAAAUAUAUAAUGUAAAGUAAUAAUUUUAUUGAUAUCAAUGUCGAAAGCGGGUUGGGGUAGCCGCGCUCGCUCCGUGUUGUAUCAUACAACCUCUAUUCUGUCCAUAAACUCAGCAAGUACAGAUUUACAAGUUACAUAUUAUGCAUUUUAAUAUAAGACGUCACAAAAUAUUGCCAGUACAGUUUAUAAUACACGAACAACUUAGUCAUUAUAAAUAUGAGUUCUAUGGAUAACUGAAUUCAGCUCAAUCUACUUUAUUUUUACGGUUUAUUUUCGCGUAGAUAUUUUUUGUUGAACAUGUCCGUAUGGUUGGUUGUGAUGGUUUACUUAAGUAAGUUAGCGACUCUCCGGCAAACUGGUCUGUUAGACAUUUAACUACUUACAUAUUUACUAUACAUUUUGUACUAACUAUUUUGAAUCGCUAUAUUUCGUAUUUCUGUUGUCCGAGGCGAUGUACACGUGCGCCUAUAUUUCAUUUUAACGUACUUAAGGUACUUAUGAUAAGUGAUUAGUUUUUUCAAUCAGAAUAUAUUUUUUUAAAUGUGUAUUAACUGUGCCACUGGCAGCAGAGAUACGAGCCUGGCGAUAGUCAUGCUUGCAAUUGCGUACAAACAGUUUUUAAUGAAUCCUCUUCAUCCUGUCAUUUUCAUACUUGUAUAAAUUGUUAAUUUGGAAAACUAUGCUCAACACUGAAAUGAUCGAUUGUAUGUCUCUAUGUGAAUUGUGUAAAUUUUGUGGUGAGCACUUCUUCAAUUGUAUAAAAACUGUUGUGGUACUUUGCGCCGAGGAGUGUCUCGGGACAGCCUCGGCGGUGUUGUGUCUUCAGCAAUAAGUGACGGUGGUCCGUCGGUCCGUCUUUCCUGGACAACGCUUUUCCAAGAAAAGCUCGUGUCCAACUCAUACGUAACUUUAAUUACUUAAGUGUAAUUACUUAGUGUUUUUCAUUGCCAUUGGUUACCAAAAAUGACAGGAUUUUUAUUGAAACAAUUGUGAAUAUAUUUUAGAAAGAAUACUCUCAUUAGAAAAAUUGUGUAAACAAUUUUGAAUUAACUUAUUGCACAUCGAAUUGUUGAAACGUUCCUCAUUUUAGGGGUUGUUCAAAAUUGUUUCUUUAAUUGUCUAAUGUAAGCUAUAUAAUUGUAAUAUAUUAUUGUUUAAGCUGUUGUGUCGAAAAUAACAAGAACAGGAAUAAUUUUGUGAAACAAUGGCACAAAUAAUGAACAUAAAUAUUAUAUAUAUUAUAGAAACAGAAAUGUGGCUAUAAGAGCAAUUUUUAUAAUAAAUAUUUACUGUUGAUGAAUCUCAGA